AUGCGCCCUGUAUCUGCAGGCACUGUUGCAGCGAUGCACGGGAUGUUUUAUUUCCUGAUGAAGGAGUCCGUCACAAUGAAAGAUGAAAUGGCAGAACGACUCAAAUUUGAAGACCAUAUAGACAAUUGCAAGAAGAGCUUCGAGGCCGCCAUAGAGGGAUAUGAUGUUCUUUCAGUGCCCACCUUCGAGAACAUUAUUGCGCUGACUAUGGGUGCCAUGAAAGCCCAAGACGAAUCGAAACCACUCGUUUGCUGUCAAAUGGUUUCGGCUGCUGCUCGCCAUUCUCAAAUGCUGGGGUACCAUCGAGAGUCAACCUACAAGAGAGACCAAGACAGAAAUUCGGAAAAUAAACGUCGAAUUUUCUGGUGUAUUUAUGUUUUCGAUAAGAUGAUGUCUCUUCUUCUUGGGAGAGCCUCUUACAUCCAGGAUUUUGACAUUGAUGUCCAAUGGCCUUCCUCGGCUUCAGAUCCGACAAUCAGACCCUGGGACGACGCUUUUUGUUAUAUGAUCAGACUUUCCUCAGUGCAGGAUCAGAUAUACAACAAACUCUAUUCUGCUAGUGCUUUAAAGGCCGAGCCAUCUGAACGAGCAAAGCGUAUUCAGGAACUUGAAUUGGAAAUGGAGAAAUGUCGCAAGCAAAGAUAUGAGAUUGACGCGAGCAAAAUCGACAACCCGAGUCUUUUUGACAUAUGCCAAAGAACAUGGGACAUCUUGUAUUACUCGGCUAUGACUUCUCUUCUGCGAGCAUCGUCCUUGUUGGACAAAGGUGCUGAAAUCGGACCCAGGUGCUUUGAAGCGGCGCGCUUGAGUCUACGGAGCCAUCUGAAAUGUUUCCCUGAUUACAGGGACUCUGAUAUUUUUACGAUCUCAGACUAUGCGAACUGGGUCUUGCUGUACUCGUCAUUCACGCCCUUUGUCGUGAUAUUCCUCCACGCCAUUGCCGCGACCAGCAUAGAAGAUGUCAAAUUAUUAGAGGAAGUCGUUGCAACCUUACAAGUCGCCCGCGGUGUUUCUAACGCAUCGGAACGCAUAUACAGUAUUGGUGCCAAUUUUGCUCGGGUAGCCCGAGGCUUGGUCGAAGCUCAAAAAUCAGUAGGGAGGUACAAUGAACAAGAAGACUCGUUGAAACUAUCUGAUGAUACGAGAAACGCCCAUGUUUUUAACCCUGAUAUCACACAGGAUCCUUCUAUUGGGGUUGAUAUGAUGGACUAUCUUACGUAUCCCGAAGCCCAGGAUAUGUCUGCGCUCUUUGGAAGUUGGGAUAGUGGACAGCCAACUGCGAUGGAGCUUUUUGGAAUGGGAAACGAGGCUCAUCUUUGA